AUGUGGAUCUCCUUGAGACCUCGAGCGGGAAUCGGGGUGGACGAACAACCGAUAGAACUCGUCGAUGAGUUCUGUUACCGCAAUUCGCCCAUCAUGAUAUACGGAUCGGAGACUUUCGCAGAACCAUCUACGAUGAUGGAGAGGCUUGAUUGCACGGAACGAAAGCUGCUUAGGCUGCUACUCGGCUACUUUUGGCCUAGGGUAUGCUACAAUGAAGAUCUUUACGCAGAAAUUGAUGUGGUAUAUCGGUGGGUGACACGUGGAAAACAUCAACAUCUUGCACCGAAAGUGGCUAAAGUAAAUCGUCUUCGCUUUUUUGGUCAUAUAUUAAGGAGACCGGCAGAUCGGCUUGUUAAACGAGUUCUGAGGAGUUCGGUGGGUUCGAGCUGGAAGAAGCACCUGGCCGACAACGGAAGUUCUGGACUGAGGUGGUGA